AUGGAUAGUAUGUCUAUUGGCUGUACUGCCGGGAGUCAGGUUCGUAGGAUAUAUCUACCAGCCUUUUUCAUUGGUGGUCCAAGAGAUAUGAAGCGUAGAUAUCUAGAUGCUAUGUCUUUGAAAGAGAUACAACAUAACUUGAAAUAUGGAGAAGAGGCUCAAGAUAGACUAGAUUUGGUUGCUGGAGUUUUUCGGGCAAAGUGUGAGGUGCUUAGAGCAGAAAUAGUUAAGAAGAAACUCUAUGGUGAAGUGGUAGCCUUUGUUUAUGUAAUUGAGUACCAAAAAAGAGGCCUUCCUCAUGCACACAUGCUAAUGAUUUUGAAACCAGAGGCUAAAGCAUUGAAUCCAGAAGCAUAUGAUAGGAUAGCUUCUACCGAGCUGCCUGACCCAAAAGAGCAAAAUUGCUUAUACUCCCUUGUUAUAAAACACAUGCUGCAUGGCCCUUGUGGGUCACUAAACAAAGAAAAUGUCUGUAUGCGAAAUGGAGUGUGUAAAAAUCAUUAUCAAAAGGAUUAUAUUGAGCAUACUACUCAUUCUGAAGAUGGCUGCCCUCAUUAUAGACGAAGGAAAAAUGGCCAGUCUAUUAAACUGAGAAAUCAUUCUUUAGACAAUAGAUGGGUUGUCCCCUACACUUCAUACCUUCUUUCUCUUAUAGAUUGUCACUUGAAUGUUGAAAUCUACUCCACUAUUAAGCUGGUCAAAUACUUGUACAAAUAUGUAUACAAGGGACAUGAUCGAGUGAGCUUUCACAUUCAUUUUGAGAAUGAUCCAGAAGAUAUAUAUGAGAUCCAUGAAUUUCAAUCUGCUAGAUGGGUAGCAACUGCUGAAGUGAUGAGGCGCAUUUAUAGAUUCCCGUCAAAUGAAAUGACACCUUCUAUUUACACACUUUAG